GCGGCUGCUAAGGGGAGGGGGUAUUCUCUCACUUCUACCUCAGUUUAGGGCUCUCCUCAGCGCUCGGGAUCUGAAUGGCACACUGUUCACGCUGUGACAUCUCAGACAUAUUUCCUUGGAUAUUGUCUCAGAUAUUUUCUCUCAUUGUAUCAUUGCUUUUCAUAUUUUCGGUGUGUCGAAGCAACUUUUCGUGCGCAGUACAGAACCAGAGGAUCCUCCUAUUGCAGUUCACCAUAACGAGGCAGGGAUACAAACUUUGUGCUAACAGCGCGUCUAACCUCCAUCAGCCCAAAUUAACAGGUUCUGGGCACAGGAGAGGCGCUUCUCAGCGGGAAAAGAGUCUCAGCGCUCAAGGAGGCUAUGUUGGACGGUAUCAAAAUUGAAGACCACCCGCUCCGGACGGGACCAGCUACUCUUGGAGUUAUGCUAGGCUCGGAGUGCCAUCAGCAGGCGGUGUGUGAGGGUUGCCAGCGGCCCAUAGCCGACCGCUUCCUGAUGCGCGUCAACGAGUCCUCGUGGCACGAAGAGUGUUUGCAGUGCGCCGUGUGUCAGCAGCCGCUCACUACCAGCUGCUACUUCCGAGACAGAAAACUCUACUGCAAACAUGACUACCAACAAUUAUUUGCUACUAAAUGCAGUGGAUGCCUGGAGAAGAUAGCCCCCACCGAGUUUGUUAUGCGGGCAUUAGAGUGCGUGUACCACCUCAACUGCUUCUGCUGUUGUGUUUGCGACCGACAGCUGCGCAAAGGCGACGAAUUUGUACUGAAAGAUGGCCAGCUGCUGUGCAAGGGUGACUAUGAAAAGGAGAAGGAUCUGCUUGGAUCUGUUAGCCCUGAUGACUCUGAUUCAGAGAAGAGCGAGGAUGAGGAGCUGGAUAUCAAGCCGGAGAAGUGCUCUGGAGGCCCGGGCAAAGGGGAUGAUGGGAAGGAUCCAAGGAGACCCAAACGACCACGUACCAUCCUCACCACACAGCAGAGACGGGCCUUCAAAGCUUCGUUCGAGGUAUCCUCCAAGCCUUGCCGGAAGGUGAGAGAAACCUUGGCUGCUGAAACAGGCCUGAGUGUACGUGUGGUUCAAGUGUGGUUCCAGAACCAGAGAGCCAAGAUGAAGAAGUUGGCCCGAAGACAGCAGCAGCAACAGGAGCAGCAGAACUCCCAAAGGCUGGGCCAAGAGGUGAUGUCCAAUAGGAUGGAGAACAUGAUGAACUCCUACACACCACUGGCCUCUGCCCAACAGCAAAUGGUUGCCAUGGAAAAUGGCUACACCACUGAUGCCUUCCAGCAGGGCCUCACCCCACCUCAGAUGCCGGGUGACCACAUGAACCCAUAUGGAAAUGAUUCCAUAUUCCAUGACAUCGACAGUGACACCUCCUUGACCAGCCUUAGUGACUGCUUCAUGGCUUCUUCAGAAGCAGGCUCACUGCAGGCACGUGUGGGAAAUCCCAUUGACCGACUUUACUCCAUGCAGAGCUCUUAUUUUGCAUCAUGAAUGCCAGCAUGGACAGGGACAACCAAAUGUGGGUUCACUUACUGCAACCCACUGCUCCCUUUAUCACAUGCUCCAGAACCAAGAACUCUCAGCAAAGACCUCUACUUUGGAUAACGGGCCAAAAAAAACCCAGAAUAUGAAACAUAGAACUUGAAAAUGAGCAUUCUUGAUAUUCAGUAGUGAAAAAUGCAGCUCAGGACACCUGGUUUUCUGAGGCUGACAGACUUUUUCUAGAUAUGUUUGUACAAUACUUUCACAGAAGUAGCACGAAUUGUCAACAUCCACCUAUGGUAGAAAAGAUGUACAGUUGAAAGCCCUGAAGCCACAAACCUCAGUCCACAGCGUCCUGCCAAGGAAGGCUGAAGAUCAAGACAUAAAUCUCACAAUGCAUGAAGUCAUAUUCUUUGUGAACAUGGCAUUGAAAAAGAAAAUCUUUAGAAAAUAGCUGAAAAAAUCUUGUGUUGUUGAGAUGUUUAAAUGUGAUGUUUGGACUCUCAUUUUUUGUUAUGUUCAGCAUUGCAUUUUUAUCACUUUAAUAGGUUUAGCUAUGAAAGUGGAGUUAGAAUUUGUAGAAGGAGGAGGAAUGUAUAGUGUGUGUGUGUGUGUGUGUGUGUGUGUGUGUGUGUGUGUGUGUGUGUGUGUGUGUGAGAGAGAGAGAGAGAGUUUGAUGUAGUCACCUCUCUGUAUGUGUGUUGUGCUUCAGCGUGUUAUAGUUUGAAAGACAGUAAGAAACAGACAGCAAAAGCUCUAUCCUUGUGUAAAUAUAUGUUUCCCGAACAAAUCAGCUGUGCAUGUUCAAAUGGAGAACAUUCUAUUUAUUUAACUAAACCAUGCUCUUGAAGGUACUUAAGUAACUGAAAAGCUUUAUUUAAAAAGGAGAAAACCACAUCAAGUAGUUCAAGCAUUAUUAUCACAGCUCACAUGUAUAUCAUUUAAGAAUUAAAUAUAUCCCCCUUUUCAGCUUAGAUGUACAUCAGCAAAUGUGUGCUAUUUAUUUGUUAUAAGCCCAGGACCAGGGCUUCUCAAUCAGUCCUGGGGACCCACUGACCUAGUAUGAGUAUUUCCUAACUGUGAUUCAGCUGAUUAUUAAGGCCUUCAUUAGCUGGAUCAGGUGUGUUGGCAGCAAGAAAACGUUGGAAUGCUGUGCAGUUCAGUUGGUUCCCAAAAUGGAAGCUGAGAAACUCUGCCCAUAAACAUUGACAAAAUGCAUUUCCAAAUGUGAACACUGCUAAAUUACCAAAGUUUGUUGGUAUAAUGAAUAAACUCUGUUUCUCCUGA